GGGGUCUUGGGGAGAACAAAAAAUGUAGUGAAUGCAGGGUUGCCGGGAGAAGCCAGAUAUAGUGGAAAUGCAGUGUUCGGGGAGAGAGCAGAUAUAGUGAAUGCAAGGUCCUGGGGAGACCAGAUAAUAGUGCCCAAAAUGCAGGGUCCUGGGAGAGCAGAUAUAGUGAAAUGCAAGGGUCCGGGGAGACGCAGAUAUAGUGAAUGCAGGGUCCGGGGAGAGCAGAUAUAGUGAAUGCACGGGUCCGGGGAGAGCGGAUAUAGUGAAUGCAGGGUCCGGGGAGACCAGGAUAUAGUGAAUGCAGGGUUCAUGGAGACCGGAUAUAGUGAAUGCAGGGUCCGGGGAGAGCGGUCCAAAUAUAGUGAAUGAAGGGUCCGGGAGAGCAGAUAUAGUGAAUGCAGGGUCCCGGGGAGAGCGAUAUAGUGAAUGCAGGGUCCGGG